CGGCAAAGCAGUCGGAGGCGGGGGAGGGGAACCAUGUGGUCAUAGGAGGCGUGGCCUGAGCCGGACCGGUGGGUGGAGUAUAUCGAGAGUUGAGUCCGCCGGAAGUGGGAGGCGGUAUCUGAGGGGAGUGACCGUCAGAAAGGAACCCCGCCCCCGGAGGGCCCAGAACUGACUUUCAAAUCUCAGCCUCUCUGUCUCGCCGGCAGUCUCCAUCCUCGUGAGGUUCCGGCUGGGGUUCCCACGCUUAUCUGGGGAAGUGAAAGUCCCCUAGGGACCGGCCGGGCCCAGCUCGUGACCUGGCGCCCCGGGUCCCAACACAGAUUCCUCGACCCAAGCGCCAUGGCCACGCUGAGCCCGCUGCUGCUGGCCGCGCUGCUGUGGGUCCCUGUAAGGACCCUGACCUGCUACGGGGACUCGGGGAAGCCCGUGGACUGGUUCGUCGUCUACAAGCUGCCAGCCCAGAGCGGGCCCGGGGAUGCGACGCAGAGCGGACUGCAAUACAAGUACAUGGAUAAGGACUCAGGGGGCUGGCGAGACGGCGCCGAGUCCAUCAACAGCUCGGCGGGGGCCGUGGGCCGCAGCCUGCUGCCACUGUACCAGAACGCCAGCCAGCUCGCCUUCCUACUAUACAAUGACCAGCCACCUAAACCCAGUGGGGCUCAGGACUUCUCCAGCCGGGGCCACACAAAGGGUGUGCUGCUCCUGGACCAAGAAGGGGGCUUCUGGCUGGUCCACAGUGUUCCACAGUUCCCUCCACCUGCCUCCUCUGCUGCAUACAGCUGGCCUUCUAAUGCCCAAACCUUCGGACAGACCCUGCUCUGUGUGUCUUUCCCCCUCGCUCAGUUCGGGAAGAUUGGCAGACAGCUGACCUACACCUACCCCCUAGUGUAUGACCACAAGCUAGAUGCGGCCUUCGCUCAGAAAGUCCCCUACCUGGAGGACGUGGUUGAGGGCCACCAUGUUCUCCAGGGCCCCUGGAACAGCAGUGUAACACUCACGUCCAAGGCAGGGGACACCUUCCAGAGCUUUGCCAAAUUUGGAAAAUUUGGAGAUGACCUGUACUCUGGCUGGUUGGCAGAAGCCCUUGGCAGUAAUUUGCAGGUCCAGUUCUGGCAAAACUCUCGUGGCAUCCUACCCUCCAACUGCUCCAGGGUCCAGCAUGUGCUGGACGUGACCCAGAUAGCUUUCCCUGAGCCAGCUGGCCCAGCCUUCAGUUCCACAGAAGACCACUCCAAGUGGUGUGUAGCCCCAAAAGGGCCCUGGGCCUGUGUGGGUGACAUGAAUCGGAACCUCAGAGAGGAGCAGCGGGGUGGGGGCACAUUAUGUGCCCGGUUACCAACCCUCUGGAAGGCCUUCCAGCCUCUGGUGAAGGCCUGGGAGCCCUGUGGGGAGAAGAAAACCUUCUCUCCAGGAAGAGCUCCAGCAGAGCGUGUAAGAGCUAAGGCUCAGAAGACACUUGGGACUUCAGCUUGAACCCCAGCUUAAUGUCUAAUUGUGUGACCUUAAUUAUGUGCCUUAACUUGUGACUCAGUCUACUCAUUUGCAAAACAAGAAUCACAUACCUGACUCCGGACUGUUGAGAAAUAAAAGGAAAUUGGUGGA